AUGAAUCUCUCUAGAGAAUUCUUUACACAAAUUGCACGUAUUGAAUCUAAGAACUCUAUUUCUACUAUUGAUACACUUAUUGCCAUGUAUUCUAAGUGCGUUGAAUAUUAUGAUUAAAAUCAAGACCCAAUUAAAUACUACUUUUUGGAAAAAAUUUAAUAUACUCUAUCUUAAGAUCAUACAAUUGGACAUAUCACCAGAAACUCAAAUCGAGCAUAAACAGCUAGAGUUUCUAUUUCUAAAUUAGAUCCAGAAUUGCUUAAUAAUUCUAUCAGAUCAAAACAAACUAUCCAUAAAAUUAAUUAUCAAUCUCAACUAAAUUAAGAUACUCAUAAUCAACACCUUAAUACUCUACUUGAAUCACAUCACACAAAUAAAAUAUUUAUAUUGAUAUAUAAAAUGAUAAAUUGA